CCUUCACCUCGACACGGGGAGGCAUGACCAAUGGGAAGUUUUGGAGGACCGGAAGGAAGGCUGGUCCUCCUACCAAAGCAUCCCCUCAUUGUCUGAAUGCGGAAGUUGGAUCAUGAGCUCCUGCUGCUCUCUCUCUCUGAAUGAAGAUUGAGUGUUACCCCAGACUGCACCACCCUCUGCUUUCACCGGAGGAUUUACCUGCAUAUCUUGAACUAAUUGCCUCAGCCAGCUUGACUCAUUGGGACUGGAAUUUUAUCCAUCUUUUGAGUGGAGAAGGAGGAUUGUCCCGCCUGCUUCCAGAGAUCUGACUGGUAAAGCACUGAGAUGCCGCUGUUCGAGGGUGGAGGGAGCUUUACCGGAGCGGAGAGUUAGCCAGCCGGCCACCCGCAGCAGAGUGGGACGUCAGAGGGAGCGUCGAACCUGGAGGGAGCCCGCGCCGUGGGGAAACCGUGGAAGUGUGGGGAAUGCGGGAAGGGGUUUCGAGUCCCCUCUGAGCUGGAGAUCCACCGGCGCGGUCACACCGGGGAGAGGCCGUUCUCCUGCCCCGAGUCCGGCAAGGCCUUCAUUGGGUCCUCCAAGCUGCUGAGGCACCGGCGGGUCCACACCGGGGACAGGCCGUACCCCUGCCCCGAGUGUGGCAAGGCCCUUCACCCAGCUGUCCCACCUGCAGACGCACCGGCGCCUCCACACACCAGGGAGAGGCCUCUCACCUGCCCCGGGGGCGGCAAGGCCUUCAAUCGAUCGCCGACCCUGCGGACGCACAGGCGCCUUCCCAACGUGACCGCACGGAGUUGAAGUCUGCAGCGAAUCCCACCCAGGACUGGGGGGGGAUCGUGCCCGUGGGGGGGAUUGUGCCCCGUUCGAAGACAGUGGGUGAAGCGGGAAGGGAGCGAGGCUUCCUUUCUACCGGACUGGCCGCUCUCGCUCCCUUUGCUUCCCGUGGGACCGAUGCUGUUUGAGGCUGGGACUGCACGUUCCCCGGGCCAAAGAUCUGCAGGAGCUGAGGAAGUGCACUCCUUUCACACCGGAUGGAUAUGAGAAGAGCAGCUUUGCAGGUAGAGCUCCCCAACUGAGUACCAUGUGAAGGUCUGACAGAGCCCCUUGAUUCGUGGGACAGGAGAGACGUCCCUCUUUCAGUCCAGAAGGGGAAAAUUCUUUGAACGUUUUUGUCUGCUUCAGUAGGCUCUUAAAGUAUCAUCUUUACCUGAACCACAGGGGCACGUGCCUGAGCCAGUUUGCCCACUGUGGGGAAAGGAAGUCUCAGGAGGCAUUCUGCGCGCCAUGGAGAAACCGUGGAAGUGUGGGGAUUGCGGGAAAGGAUUCCACUAUCCCUCCAUGCUGGAGAUCCACCACCGUGUCCACACCGGGGAGCGGCCCUUCACCUGCUCCGUCUGCGGCAAGGGCUUCACCCAGUCGCCCCACCUGCUGUCCCACCAGCGGGUCCACACCGGGGAGCGGCCGUUCGCUUGCUCCGAGUGCGGGAAGGACUUCAGCGAAUCGUCCAGCCUGCUCAAGCACCAGCGGGUCCACACCGGGGAGCGGCCCUUCACCUGCUCGGUGUGCGGCAAGGGCUUCCCUCAUUCGUCCACCCUGCUCAAGCACCGGCAGGUCCACACCGGGGAGCGGCCCUUCACCUGCACCGUCUGCGGCAAGGGCUUCCCUCACUCGUCCAGCCUGCUCAAGCACCAGCAGGUCCACACCGGGGAGCGGCCCUUCACCUGCACCGUCUGCGGCAAGGGCUUCACCCGCUCAUCGCACCUGCUGACCCACCAGCGGGUCCACACCGGGGAGAGGCCGUUCAGCUGCUCCGUCUGUGGCAAGAGCUUCUCUCACUGGUCCAGCCUGCUGCGGCACCAGCAGGUCCACACCGCGGAGCGGUCCUUCAUCUGCUCCGUCUGCGGCAAGGGCUUCUCUCACUCGUCCAGCCUGCUGCGGCACCAGCAGGUCCACACCGCGGAGCGUCCUUCACCUGCUCCGUCUGUGGCAAGGGCUUCCCCCACUCGUCCGGCCUCCAGAUCCACCAGCGGGUCCACACGGGGGAACAUCCUUCCGAUAGACCAGAAGUGCACAUAAUACAGAGGAACUUCGAUUAUCCAGAAUUAGAUGAACCAGCACGGUGGCUCAGUGGUUAGCGCUGCUACCUCACAGUACCAGGGACCCGGGUUUCAUUCCUGCCUCAGGCGACAGACUGUGUGGAGUUUGCACAUUCUCCCCGCGUCUGCGUGGGUUUCCUCCUCGUGCUCCGGUUCCGUACCACAGUCCAAAGAUGUGCAGGUCAGGGUGAAUUGGCCAUGCUAAAUUGCCCGUAGUGUUAGGUACAUUAGUCAGAGGGAAAUAGGUCUGGGUGGGUUACUCUUCAGAGGGUCAGUGUGGACUGGUUGGGCCUGUUUCCGCACUGGAAGGGAUCUAAUCGUCAAGCGACUGAAAUACACUCUGCAUGUGUCCUUUGGAUAAUCGAGGUUCCUGUGUAUUCCAAAAGUGGCCUAACCAACGUCCUGUCCAGACCCCAACCCCUAUACUCAGUGCUGUGACCAAUAAAGUGAUCUGCAGAAUCUGCGGGACUUGCUUAAUCCUGGGAGGUAAAUCACGUGUUUCUCCUUCUCUUGCAGGUGGAUCCAAGAUUUCACUCUCUGUCCCAUUGAGUCUCCAGUCAGGUCCUUCAGCUCAACUGGUCUCUCUCAGUAUUUCUGACCCAUGUGAGCCUCUACGCACCUCCCCUUCACUUGCUCACACUUGAUUUCCCUUACAGCAGCAUUCCCUUCAGUUCCUUUCUCCCUGACGUCUGUAUCCAGCUUUUCCUUAAAUGCCGUCCACCUCGACCUGCUACUGUGGGGGUCAUUCCCGCUGCAGACAGAGGUCUCUCCUUUGUAACCUCUUCAAAAGAUUUACCGCUGACUUCCCCCUUCAGUCUUUUCCAUUUCUGGGUCUCCCCGCUGUUGCGAAACUUGGAAGGGUUCAGAAAAUAUUUACAAGGAUGUUGCCAGGGUUGGAGGAUCUGAGCUACAGGGAGAGGCUGAACAGGCUGGGGCUGUUUCCCCUGGAGCGUCGGAGGCUGAGGGAUGACCUUAUAGAGGUUUACAAAAUUAUGACCGGCAUGGAUAGGAUAAAUAGGCAAAGUCUUUUCCCUGGUGUUGGGGAAUCCAGAACUAGAGGGCAUAGGUUUAGGGUGAGAGGGGAAGAUAUAAAAGAGACCUACAGGGCAACUUUUUCAUACAGAAGGUGGUGUGUGUAUGGAAUGAGCUGCCAGAGGAUGUGGUGGAGGCUGGUACAAUUGCAACAUUUAAGAGGCAUUUGGAUGGGUAUAUGAAUAGGAAGGGUUUGGAGGGAUAUGGGCCGGGUGCUGGCAGGUGGGACUAGUUUGGGUUGGGAUAUUUGGUCGGUAUGGACGGGUUAGACCAAAGGGUCUGUUUUCGUGCUGUACAUCUCUUGACAAAGCCUUGUCUGAGGGUGAAAUGUUGUCAUUCCCGUUGAUGCGGGUGGUCCCCUGUCUGUUGUCCUUUUUGUUUCCUUUCUCGGAAAGGACCUCGCGGACAUGGGCAGCGUUCCCGAGCCCCGCUCCGGAACGGGCUGUUCCGUCCACUUCCAGCCCCCGGGGGAAGGGGCAGCUUGAGUGCAGUUGGAGAGUGGGCCGUUCACCGGGAGGGUGCCAAUGGGACGGGAGAGUGGUACCGGUAAUGGGGCAAGGGGGAGAUGCCUCAGACCGCCAGAAACACUGGGGCAGCUGCUCGCGUGCUCCUUUUGGAUCUCACAGCACAGGGAGGCCAUUCAUCUAAUUACCUCUCUGCCUCUGCGUCUGUCUGUCUCUCUGAGGUGACAGCGGAUUCCAGCAUAUUGCUGCUUGCUGGGUAAACCUGUUUUUCCUCUGUUUUCCCCCUCUCUCUCCUGCUCAAACCCCUGAACUUCAGGCCGCCCCUGACCUUGUCACUAUCAGUGAAUAGGGAACAGCUUUUCUUCCUCCACCUUAUCUGAACCUAUCACAAUCUUCCCCACUUUCACCAGUUGUAUCUGUGUGUGACCCUCUCUUUCUGUGUCUCUUUCUCUCCUAAGCCCCCUCCCUCACCACAUCCCAUUUACCCACCCCCUCCUGUCAUGCUCCCACUUUCAAACGGUCUCGUUGUGUUUUCACUGCCUCUUCCCCAUCGUUUCCGUCAAGCACCUCAUCUCACGCUUAGAACCCCUGCAGUGUAGGAGCAGGCCCUUCAGCUCAUCCAACCCACACCAACCCUCCCUCACCCAGACCUCUGCCCGUAACCCUGCAAUUCCCAUUGGCUAACCCACCUAGCCUACACAUCCCUGGGCACUAUGGGUAAUUUAGCACAGCUAAUGCACCCUAACCUGCACGGCACUAUGGGUAAUUUAGCAUGGCCAAUGCCCCCUAACCUGCACAUCCCAAACACUAUGUAAUUUAGCACGGCCAGUCCACCCAAACCUGCACAUCCCUGGAUACUAUAGGACAAUUUAGCCUGGCCAAUCCUACACUAAGGGUGGAUUGGCCAUGCUAAAUUACCCAUAGUACCCAGGGAUGUGUAGGUUAGGGUCGAUUGGCCAUGCUAAAUUACCCAAUCCUACACAUCCCUGGGUACUGUUAGGAUAAAAUAGGUCAAGGGAGGGUGGAGCUAUAGCUGCUGUUUGGGGAAUCGAAACUGUUGCUUACGUGGCUAGCUCAGCUGCCAACGCCCAAAUCAGCUCAAUAACAGGAAACGCCUAGCAAACGCGAAAUGUCCUAAUAAGGCAAUGCUUAGUAGCUCCGCGAAGCUCUGCUUAGCAAAGAGUAUAUCAGGAGCAGAUUUGGGAGGGGAAGGCAGAACGCGCCUUCUCCAGUGAAUGCAUGGUGAUUCACUGUAUCAGCUACGAUUCUGCAAUAAAGCCUGCUUGUGCUAAACAA